AUGAACAGGCUAGAUCCAUCAAUUCAGAAAUGGGCCAAAUGGGUUAUAAUCUUGUUGCUUGCAAGAAUUCCUAAACCUUUACAAUGGUCAAGUUUCUUAUCAUUGAAUCCGCUUAUACGUCGGAUAGUCACUAUGAACUAUGAACUGAUUGCAAAGAAAACGCAGUCUGAAAAUGCUAAGAAGCAUAUCGCUAAGGUUUCUAAUAUUGCAACUUGUUGCUUUUUGUACUUUGCUGUUGCUGAUAAUGCUAAAAUACCUAAAGAUUACUUAUCGAUCUAUAUAUUGCUCAACUAUAUUGUUAAUUUAAACCCUCCUUCAGCCGAGAACAUAAGUUUAUCCAGAUUUUCACGGUUUACGAAGAUAGAUACAUAUUCGAAGACGUUAAGGACAUUAUAUUCGAAUAAAGAGUAUGUAAUCUAUCCAAUGAUCUUCGGUCAAAUAUUAUCUAAUUACUUGACACCGACAAGAUACAAGUUGAACCAAAGAUACUUGUCAGGUUAUUUGAAGACCAUGAUCUUGAAUCCGAUUUGGAUUAACUUUUCACUUGGUGUUAAAUCGCACAGGAUAAACUGGCUAGGCUUAAUCAUGACAUACGUGCAACAUAAUGUAAUGGCGUACUUGUUCUUUGGAUUAAUGUCGUUUAAAAGUAGGUUUUUGGACCACUUUUAUGAAUUAAAACAUGGCAUUUUCCUCAAUGGCGAAGCAGGAACAACAAUAUCUGGGAUUGUUAAGAAUUAUUUAACCUAUGCCGGCCAUAGAGCUAAUUCAUUGAUUAACUUUAUUUAUUUACCGAACUUAAUAUCCAUGUUGCUAAUCUCUUUAACAUCUCCAUUGCUAGUAUAUUUACGGAACCCGUCUCAUCCUGCUACUAACAGAUGGUAUUUCUCACAUGUUAAAUUGUUCUUUAAAAGUUAUACGAAAGUGAUAGGGUUUGUGGCAGGAAUCGUCACUCUUUAUAUUAAUUCCGCAAACUUUAUACCUGACUAUGGAUAUAAAUUAGAAGUCUCUGAUGAUACAACAGAAUCCACCAAUAUUCGCCAUAUUUCCAAAGGUUUUAUCAACAAUUUGAGUUCGUAUUUGUUCCGUCUUAUUUUAUUGUCCAAGUGGAGGGUAGUUAAGGAAAACCACCCUCAAUUCAGAUUAUUAAAAUUGAAGAGUUGGAAUAAACUUGAAGCAGCAUUGAUGUGCAUUGGAGUCUUCAAGUUGAUGAAUUUGAAUGACUUUUUAGCGAGAAAUGUGCAUGGCGAACAGAGAAAGAAAUAUGAAAAGUUGCAGCAAGAGACUUUACCUAGAUUGAUCAAUAAAGUCAUGUAG